CAUCAAUCCCCAUCAUGACCACCGAACCACAUACAAAAAAGCGCAAGCACGCCCACGCCGCCGUCGAGUCAGAGACGCCUAAGAAAAAGAAGGAGAAGAGAGACAAGGUUCGCAGUGUGGACGAGGGGGCAAAGAGCGCCAGUACACCGAAGCAAGAAAAAGCAAAAAAGCGGGACAAGGGCAAAAGCAAAGCAACGAGCGAAUUCCAUGUUGUGAAGGCCUCGCUCUCCGUCUCAAUUCCACCUGUGUUCGCCACGAACCAGCGUGCAGGCGUUGAAGAAAUGCUCGAUUCUAUGAUCAUGAGGUAUAUACCAGCAUUUCAAGGCGUCGUGCUCGCACAUUCGAAUCUCCACUUCCUCAACAGUUCUGCAACGAUAAUAGCCGACUGUCCAUUCUCAGUAUGUGCCGUCGGGUUCGACGCAACAGUAUGGAGUCCGCGUGUAUCCAUGAAACUCGCGGGUAAAGUGAAUCUUUGCUCGCCAGACCACGUCUCUCUCCUUGUUCAUAGAACAUUCAACGUCUCCAUCCCACGCAAUCAUAUACCCACAGAUCACUGGGAGUUUGAAUAUGGUCCUGCAGAGAAUGACCCCGAAUUCGGAGCUGGGGUAACUCCAGAAGAAGACGGGGAAGAUGGCGAGAAGGAUGGGAAUGAAGAUGUCCAGAUGGAGGGUGUCGAUGGAAAGAACACCGACGAGACGAAAGACGAACACGAGAGUGAGGGGAACGGGAGAUGGAUACAUAAAAUCACUGGAGAGAAACUUGGUGGACCUGAAGGCUACCUCGAGUUCACCGUUAUCGGGUGA